AUGAAGACAUUCGCUGUCGCCGCUAUCCUGAUCAGCGCCGUCGCUGCGCGAUCAACCCCAAUUCGGGCCCGUCAAGAGACUGAACCUAAACACAUCAUUCUGCCAUCAGCCCUUGCCUCGCACGAUGUCAACAAGGGCAACAACGAGUUGGCCUCGAUCACCAACACCACACGUGUCAAGGGAACUGAACUCUCUACUCUCUACUCCGUCACCUUCGACGAGUCUCUAGUCGGCCUUACUUGCGUUGGCCAGUUCGUCUCCGGUCACGACACGGAUUUUGCCCUUGGCUCCCGACAACUCGAUUUUUUCAGCACCCAGAUACAGGACUUGAACAAGCAGGCGAACGGCAACCUGCGAAACCAGGCCUUCGGCCGCAUCACAUUUGUUGCAGUGGGUCAGGAGUUUGACAUCGACCGCAGCGUACCGGCUCCUUUCGCCGAUAGCUUCCCUUGUCCAGUCAGCAAGACCAUUGUACUUGAAAGUGUCGCAGUCGGUGACUUUGAUAGUGUUGUCAUUGGUCAAGAUUUUGCAGGCGCGUGGACUCCUGGCGGCGGCAAGCCCAAUGGCCUUAGCUUCGCUGCUUACUAG